AUGAACACUCAACCUCCAACUGGAGUUCGCGCCAACAGACUCUACAGAGCCAAACCGAAGAAGACCAGAGCAGAGAAGAAAUCAACAGACGAUGACCGUUACGCGGUGGUUCUGGCGGCGGCCAAGCAGACCGUCGACAUUCUGAGCAAGAACGGGUUCCGUUGUGCUAUAUUUGGCGGUCUGGCCUGCAAGCUGUAUGGAAAUUCUCGUUGCCCAAACGACGUGGACAUCAUCGUCUACCCCACUGGGGGCCGCGAUGUCCCAGACGCUGAAGUUGUCAAGCAAAUGAUUGUCUCCCGUGGCCACGGCAACUACUACCUGAAGAAAGCUCGUAAUCCCGCAGCGACCUACAAGAUUCUGUGGUACAAAAACCCUCGUGGCGGACGACGAGAAUCCAAGGUGGACAUUCUUGUCCCCUCAAGUGCCGACACAAUGUCGCUUCCACCAUACAUUCCAGAGCAGCGUAUAUUCUCCCCCAUUCUCGAUGACGGAGGCACACUUCCAGUUGCUCCUUUUGCCUUCGUGCUACUCCAUAAACUCAAAGGCUGGUCAGACCACCGCGCCUCGAAGGAGACAUUCAAGCAGGUGCGGUAUCACACUGACGGCGCCGACAUAAGGAGACUAUUGGAUACUCGAUCAGCGCGACUCUUGCCGCAAACUCCCAACUGGUGGCUGGAUGAGGUUUUGUUUGACGAGCGGUUAAGAAGCGAUUCCAUCAUUCGGGUGCAAGAAUACUGCUCUCUGUUCCCUCAACGAGCAGCUCAAUGGCGUUCGUUGGGUAUAGACGUUCCUGACAUUGCUAGUUCUCAAUCACAAGUGGUUACGGAGGAGGAGGAAGAGGCUAGCGCAAUGUUAGAGUUGGAUGACGACUAG